AUGUUUCUGGCUCAAAUUCGCUUUGCGGCCGUGGAGGUGACCGAAAGCCGGGCUGGCAUCUUGCGCCUGAUCGGGGGGGACUCGUUGAAGCCAACAGGAGCAUGGACAGAAGAUAAGGUGGAGAAGCAGGCAGCAGCACCUACCGAGAUUGACGACAGCCUAGAGGAUGACAAGACGGAUACUACAGUAGCUACGAAGGACUCUUUUGCACGCUAUCGCAAAAUGCUCAAAGUCGGAGUGCCUCGAGGAACGGUUGAGGAGCAAAUGCGGAUCGAUGGCGUCAUCCCUACGGCACUUGAUGUGAAAGGGAUGUUUGGUACCGAGCAAGUCACUGCACCAGUGGUCCGUGAUUCUCGUGUGACGAAAAAGACCAAACGUCGUCGAUGGCAUUGGACGGAAGUUGCAGAGGUCGAUCGAACUGCACCGCCGUCGAAAGGAUCGUUGUGGACACAAGUGAAUGAGAAGGGAGCACAUCAGCGACUCUCUGCUUGCUCGCAGGCCUACAUCCAAGAGCUGUAUGUGAAAGAGAUCACCAACCUGAUCGAAAGCUCGGAACGCGUCCAGCUGCAGACCAGUGCAACGACAGCUCCGACGAUCCAUCGUGCUCGCUCUGCUAAACCCGACAAGGUGCAGAUCUUGAAAGGGAACAAAGCAGUGAACCUCGAGUUUGCUGUCAAGCGCGUCACGCGUUCGUUCGAGAAAGUGGCGAGAGACGUCAAUAUCCUGACGGCUAUGUACUUACAAGACACGGACAUCAAGACGAUCCUAGCAAUGUGGCCAAGCAUGGCUGAGGAAAUCGCGCUUGAAGAGUACUCGGAAGACUUUGAUGCUCUCAAGCGCAGCGAGCAAUUUCUCGUGAUGAUCCGUAGUGUUCCAAUGGCCAAGGAGAAGCUCAAAUGUCUGCUCUUGAAGCUGGAGUUGCCCUCGCGAGCUGAAAACCUCAAACAAGCCGCAGGCCUAGUGACCCGAGCGCUGAACCAGCUCUGUUCGAGCUCGAAGUUUACCCGAGUGAUGCACCUGCUGCGCGACUUUGGCAAUCUCGCCAACGAAGAGUUUGUCACGAACUACAGAGCGAGGUUUUCGCUGAGGUCGCUUGUGACCAUGACAAACACCAAGUCGUUUGACAAUACAAACACGAUGCUGGACGGGUUCUUGCAUGUCCUUGAGAUGGAAGACGAUGGCAAUCUGUCGACUUUCUACGACGAGAUUCACCUCGUGUUACAGUGCAAGAGCGUGUCUGUCGACAGCCUCCUGUCCGAGAUGAAUCAACUUCGCGAGGGCCAUCUGUUGGUGAAAUCUGUGGCUCGAGCAAGUAAUGACGCAGCUGGUGAUGACGCAAUACUCGCGCACAAGGCGUUUACGCAAUUCGCCGACGAAGUGGACGACAAAUUGCGUGGCGUGCAGACGAGUUUGGACGCGAUGAAAACAAGUAAGCACACGUUCGAGGCGUGGUUCGAAGAAGACUCGAGGGCACCGCUCGAUGGCCACCUCAAGGCGAUCGUCCACUUUGCACUGGAAGUCAAGGCCCGACACGCCCUUCGUGCCCAGAAGUAG